UAAUUUUUGUCUAUACUAGAACUCCUGAAUGACUAUGAUUUUUGUCUAUAUUAGAACUCCCGAAUGACUUUAAUUUUUGUCUAUACUAGAACUCCUGAAUGACUAUGAUUUUGUCUAUAUUAGAACUCCUGAAUGACUUUGAUUUUUGUCUGUAUUAGAACUCCUGAAUUACUUUGAUUUUUGUCUAUAUUAGAACUCCUGAAUUACUUUAAUUUUUGUCUAUAAUAGAACUCCUGAAUGACUUUGAUUUUUGUAUCAUAGAAAUCCUGAAUGACUUUUUGAUUUUUGUCUGUAUUAGAACUCCUGAAUGACUUUGAUUUUUGUCUGUAUUAGAACUCCUGAAUGACUUUGAUUUUUGUCUGUAUUAGAACUUCCGAAUGACUGGUUUUUGCAGAAGAAGGAAGCAGGAAGAGAUUCUUAUUUAUUUUGGAACAGGAGAUAGCAGUAUUAUUUACAUCUGUGAUAAAAACGAUUUUCAUGUAUAGUAAUUGGAGUAAGCUUCUUAUUAAGAAGGUGAUUGUAUUAUACAGGAAUCUCAUCAUUAAUGGCACGCUCCCUUCUCAAUCUGUUUGAUCUCCCAGACAGCACAUAUUAGGUGGUACAGGAUUUAGUUCUGUCAAUCUCUUGUUAAUUAUGUUCUCACUGGCUCAAUAAGGGAAAAUGUACAGAAUAUCAAAAAAUCAUUUUUUACGGAAAUGUCAAUAAUGUUAAAUAUCCUUGUCAAUUUUUUUGUCAUUAUAAAUCUUUCACUGUCAUCUAGUAAUUUGAUAGUAUGUGCAUAUAUUACAGUGAACUCAUAGAAUACAAUCGAUUGUAUAUGACAGUUACAUGGAAUUUUGGUGUUUUAGGAAAAGAUUUUUCACGUAUUAUUAUUAUGAUUCCUUCGUUAAAUAUUUUUUAAAAAGAAUGAGGAAAUACAAAAAUUUUAAUUUUUCCUGUCAUUGGAAUCACGACAACAACAGCACUAAAAAAAUUUUCAUGUCCAAAAAUAUUAGUUAUUCUUUCAUGUAUGAAAUGGGGGUUAUUAAAUAGUAUUUAACUUCAUCAGGUUAAAAAUCACAUACCAGCGAGCAAUCCCUGGAGAUUUUCUAGUGGAGGGAAAAUAUUACUGAGCAUUGAAACAUGACAUAAUCUAAUAUAGACUUAUUAGAGUGGAGAUACUGCUAAUUUGAACUGACUGAGUUAGUAUCAGAAAAAUCCCACAGUCAGAUAAGAUCAGCGUGUAAAGGUUGAUAACUCUGGCAGUGGAGAUUUUCUGCCUGCUCUGACUCCAAUGGAUCAGAGUGUGAUUUGGUAUCACAGUAGAUUAACCUUAGCUGUGAAUUUAUCUCGCUCAAUGGGGGCAUAAUCUAACAUCCCUAACUCCAUUACAAACCAAUCUAUUACAGGGUAAUUACGUUAGUAGGGUAUUGGUAAAGACUCCUCCAUUCAAUCUGACGCGUUGAAUGCUGCAUACAUAAAACCUCUGUUCCUCCGCACAGAUGCCAGGGGGCUUCUGAUCCUCCCAGUAAAUUAUCGCUAAUUAUUUUGUUCAUGUCAGCAUGCAAUUUCAACCUUUGGAGAAUUGUAGUUUCUCAUUCCUAGAAAAGUGAACUGGAGAUGGAAAAUGAAGAAGAUCCCAUUAUGGGUGGACAUGCAGGCUAAUUAAAUUUCUCCUGAUUAACCCAGAAUCAAUCAUUGCAUCUCUGUAGGGAUAAUAGAUGGAAAGAGAGAGAUCUUCACCACAAGUGCACAUGGUUACCCCAUUGUUCAUAAUUGCUCUGUCACGUCCAAUUACGAGGAGAGAAUCUGAGGACUCCUGUACGACACCAGAAAAAUUCCUAAUAUUGUGUCAUAUUCUCAGAUGUAGACCUGAAUAUAAAAACUCACCUCAUGGGCUCUGCCAAUAACAUGGGAUGAUAACAGGAUGACAACAUAGGAUGGAGGUUAUGCCAGGAUUUUGUUUUAUAGCUUUACUUAUGAUAAACUAGAACCAGUGAAUCCAUACAGUAAAACAUUCUUAUAACAAACUUCAUCAUAAUGAAUUCAUGCUUAUUGUGAAGUGAAAUCAAUUUAUUCUAUAUAACAAAGGUUGCAUGGUUAUAAUGAUUCAGAACUAUAAUUUUCUCUUGCUGUUGAGAUUCGCUAUCAUGAACUGCAUGUAUUUUACUUUAUAACAAAAUUUGUUUGAAAAUUUUGAUUAUUUGAGUUUUUAUCAUAUGCUCGCCUUUAGAGGGGAUGUAUUAUCAUGAUACAGCAAUGUCUGUACGUCCAUCUGUUUGGGGUUUUUUGUUUCUAAUUUCAUUUCUCUGUCACAUAUCAAGCUGAAACUUGCUACGUAGCUUCUUUGUGGAUCACUCUAGAUUUUAUUGCAAUUUUAAUCCAUUUCGACUUCUCUUGCAGGAGUUUUGCCUUUGUAGUCUGUUGAGAGAUGUGACAUGACUCACAGUUAAUGUUAUUUCUGUAGUGAGAGAUGUUACAUGACUCACAGUUAAUGUUAUUUCUGUAGUGAGAGAUGUUACAUGACUCACAGUUAAUGUUAUUUCUGUUGAGAGAUGUUACAUGACACACAGUUAAUGUUAUUUCUGUUGAGAGAUGUGACAUGACUCACAGUUAAUGUUAUUUCUGUAGUGAGAGAUGUUACAUGACUCACAGUUAAUGUUAUUUCUGUUGAGAGAUGUUACAUGACUCACAGUUAAUGUUAUUUCUGUAGUGAGAGAUGUUACAUGACUCACAGUUAAUGUUAUUUCUGUAGUGAGAAAUGUUACAUGACUCACAGUUAAUGUUAUUUCUGUAGUGAGAGAUGUUACAUGACUCACAGUUAAUGUUAUUUCUGUAGUGAGAGAUGUGACAUGACUCACAGUUAAUGUUAUUUCUGUUGAGAGAUGUUACAUGACUCACAGUUAAUGUUAUUUCUGUAGUGAGAGAUGUUACAUGACUCACAGUUAAUGUUAUUUCUGUUGAGAGAUGUUACAUGACUCACAGUUAAUGUUAUUUCUGUAGUGAGAGAUGUUACAUGACUCACAGUUAAUGUUAUUUCUGUAGUGAGAGAUGUUACAUGACUCACAGUUAAUGUUAUUUCUGUUGAGAGAUGUUACAUGACUCACAGUUAAUGUUAUUUCUGUAGUGAGAAAUGUUACAUGACUCACAGUUAAUGUUAUUUCUGUAGUGAGAGAUGUUACAUGACUCACAGUUAAUGUUAUUUCUGUUGAGAGAUGUUACAUGACUCACAGUUAAUGUUAUUUCUGUUGAGAGAUGUUACAUGACUCACAGUUAAUGUUAUUUCUGUUGAGAGAUGUUACAUGACUCACAGUUAAUGUUAUUUCUGUUGAGAGAUGUUACAUGACUCACAGUUAAUGUUAUUUCUGUUGAGAGAUGUUACAUGACUCACAGUUAAUGUUAUUUCUGUUGAGAGAUGUUACAUGACUCACAGUUAAUGUUAUUUCUGUAGUGAGAGAUGUUACAUGACUCACAGUUAAUGUUAUUUCUGUAGUGAGAGAUGUGACACGACACACAGUUAAUGUUAUUUCUGUAGUGAGAGAUGUUACAUGACUCACAGUUAAUGUUAUUUCUGUAGUGAGAGAUGUUACAUGACUCACAGUUAAUGUUAUUUCUGUUGAGAGAUGUGACACGACACACAGUUAAUGUUAUUUCUGUAGUGAGAGAUGUUACAUGACUCACAGUUAAUGUUAUUUCUGUUGAGAGAUGUUACAUGACUCACAGUUAAUGUUAUUUCUGUUGAGAGAUGUUACAUGACUCACAGUUAAUGUUAUUUCUGUAGUGAGAGAUGUUACAUGACUCACAGUUAAUGUUAUUUCUGUUGAGAGAUGUUACAUGACUCACAGUUAAUGUUAUUUCUGUAGUGAGAGAUGUUACAUGACUCACAGUUAAUGUUAUUUCUGUAGUGAGAGAUGUUACAUGACUCACAGUUAAUGUUAUUUCUGUAGUGAGAGAUGUUACAUGACUCACAGUUAAUGUUAUUUCUGUAGUGAGAGAUGUUACAUGACUCACAGUUAAUGUUAUUUCUGUAGUGAGAGAUGUUACACGACUCACAGUUAAUGUUAUUUCUGUAGUGAGAGAUGUGACAUGACUCACAGUUAAUGUUAUUUCUGUAGUGAGAGAUGUUACAUGACUCACAGUUAAUGUUAUUUCUGUUGAGAGAUGUGACAUGACUCACAGUUAAUGUUAUUUCUGUUGAGAGAUGUUACAUGACUCACAGUUAAUGUUAUUUCUGUUGAGAGAUGUUACAUGACUCACAGUUAAUGUUAUUUCUGUAGUGAGAGAUGUUACAUGACACACAGUUAAUGUUAUUUCUGUUGAGAGAUGUUACAUGACUCACAGUUAAUGUUAUUUCUGUAGUGAGAGAUGUUACAUGACUCACAGUUAAUGUUAUUUCUGUUGAGAGAUGUGACAUGACUCACAGUUAAUGUUAUUUCUGUUGAGAGAUGUUACAUGACUCACAGUUAAUGUUAUUUCUGUAGUGAGAGAUGUUACACGACUCACAGUUAAUGUUAUUUCUGUAGUGAGAGAUGUUACAUGACUCACAGUUAAUGUUAUUUCUGUUGAGAGAUGUUACACGACACACAGUUAAUGUUAUUUCUGUUGAGAGAUGUUACACGACUCACAGUUAAUGUUAUUUCUGUUGAGACUCACAAUUAAUGUUAUUUCUUUUAAUGUUGUAAUAGAAUGGUUAUGAUCAUAUAUUUAAAUGUGUUGAAAGCUGGUGGGUUUUUUUUUUUACCAUUUAGAAUGAGACUUGAAGAAUGAAAUAGAUUUGUUUUCAUUUCACUGUAAUUUACAUAAACUGCUCCUGUCAUGGACAGAAACACUUACAAACACCCACUGCAAUGACUCGCAAUUUAAACUUGGGAGACUUUCAUGAAUUUUCAUUAGUGGAGUUUGUUUUUCGUUCCAUUUUAAGCCUGGAGGAUGGAGCAAUCAUUGUUUAGGAUUAGUUUUGAGUCCUUUACAAUUCUCACACUUAGAUCGGUGACGGGCAUACCAAGAAGGCUCAAUCAAUUCGGGACACAGGAAGACAUUUUUAGGCUCUCACAAAUUGUCAGCAUUGAUUUGUUGCUUGCAGUACAUCUCUGAUUUUUGUGUUGGCCAUGCCGGGUCAGUGAAGGGAUGGAGAUGUUUUACAAUGGCUUUGUUAUUGACAGCAUUUGUUUAUUUAUUGGUUUAUCAAUCCUCCCAACAAAAGGUUUUAUAAAAUUUCAGAAGGAAAAUAAAAAUUUUGACACGUGAAACUCUUUUCUUUUAAUGUAAAUUUUUAGACAGGAUCAUGACCUUGGAUUCUGUGUCAGAUUUGUAAGAAAUAUUUCACACUUUAAAAAAAUCCAACUUUUUUCAGUACGCAGCAGUAACAGGGUCCCUGGUUACUAGGAAAUCAAACACCAAUAGCACAGAAUAAGGAAAUAUUUCCAGUGAGAUAUUGGUAUAUAAUAUUUAUUUCCUCCUUUAAAAAAAUAGUAGUAAAUAAAAUUAUAUUCUGUACAUCGUUUCCUUCUUCCAUGGAAAAUUUAUUAUUUUAUGUUCGUAAAUCUAAAAAUAAAAAAAAAAUGCUGAAUUGAUAAACCCUGAUAGAAUCACUGGCAAAACUUCAUUCUUCUGAAAUUCACAUCAGUAAAUUCCACAAUUGUUAGAUUUUGAAUAACAUGAGAAAAUAUUUUAUUCAGUCCAGUCGGAUUUCACUGAAUCUUAUAAAUAUUUACAUCUCAGAUGCCAUCGAAAUGAAUUUUAUAUACAUUUGAGCUGUGUAAAUUAAAAACAGGAAUGGAGACAGAGGAAAGCUUUCUCCUGCUAUACAGUCAGACUCGUCUCUAAGGUGCUUCAUAUCUUAGCACACAGAGUUUACUAAUUAAUUAUAAGCUGAUUAGAAAUGUAAUUAAUCAUUUGUCAAGAAUAUUUAAAUGCCCUCUACCUCACAAUAAGCAGUGCAAGUAAUUAGGUUAAGUGUUACACAUAAUGUAAAUAGCAGCCUGAGAAUGUUAAACAUCAGUGAAAAUUUGGUGAAAGAUAAUCCCCCCCCCCCUCUGCAUUUUCUUUUGUUGUGUUUUAGCUGAGUUACAGUCCUUGGAGUUAGAGAUUUCUUUUCCCUUUCUCAGUUCAAUGAAAAAAGGCCACAUAUGUGAGAUUACAGUUUAAUUAAUUAGAGCUCUUAAUGAACCAGAAACAAUAUAUUUGAGCUUAAGGUAACUAUCAUUUUAGCCAGGUUUAUUUAUCUCGAGCCAGUUUAAAUUAAAAUCUGACAACAAGUAGGCUGCUGCAAUGAAAGUCAUUGAGACGGAAUAUUUCGGAAUUGAUUCAAUGGCUACUCGGAGAUUGAUGGGAUUAAGAUCAGAAAGAGUGUAUUCUUGUCAGAUUUUCUGACUCAGUAACGAGCAAAAUAAUCAAUUUUUGAUUUGUGGGAUUCUGAUAACUAGGAAAGUUAAACUAGCAAUUUAUCAGCUGCAAUUAAUAGAAAUUAAGCUGUUAUUUUUUCUGUCCAGAAUACUUUUUUUUUUUUGGAUCUGCAUGAACAGGGCAUUGUCAGUUGACAUUACACAAAUGUUUACAUGUUUUAAAACUGCUUCAAAUAUUAGUGGAUCUUGUAAAUAAGGUCAGAAUUACAAAAUGUAAAUAAUGGUUUGUUUGAAUUAUGGAAAUAUAGAUGCAGUGAAAGUAUGAGGGUCAUUUCUCCUUAUUUUAAUUAAAAUCACUUUCAAGUUAUUCCUUAAUUUUCAUGCUUUUAUUAAACAAUGAGUUUUGUAGACUUUUAAUUAGUGAUAUGUUUUUAAUAGAUACCAAUAGUAUCAAAGAUAUGGAGCAAAACUUGGGUUCAGAAAUUUAAGGUAUUGAAAAUAAAAGGUCCUUUUUUUCCUCUGCUUUAAACAUCAAAGCAUAAAGCAAUAAAUGGCUGCCUGCAACGUUCCUCAGGAAAUUAAGGGAAGUAAAAGAGACAGCAAGCUGUGUGUUAAUAGUGGAUUGGACUUAGUUUUUGUAAGACUCGGUAAACAGGACUACUUUUAAAAAGGAAUUUUACGCCGAGAAGUGGGAAAAUGAGGGAAAUAAUGGUGAUACUGCAAAUUAAUAUUAUUGCAGUACAAUGGAACCUCUGGUGUUCCUCGCACAUUCUUCGUCUUUAUAAGUGGAAUCAGGACAACUUUUCCCUGUAACAUCCAUACAUUUAAAAAUGUCUUAAAAUUUUACAGAUUUUUACAAUGUACUUAUUCAAUGUCCCUAACACCAUCGAGAGGGACAUUAAGCAAGAUACAAGCAAUCAAUAUAAAGGUACAGAAGUUUUGUAGACUGGGAAGGUUGAUGUAUAAAGGUACAGAAGUUUUAUAGACUGGGAAUGUUGAUGUAUAAAGGUACAGAAGUUUUAUAGACAGGGAAGGUUGAUGUAUAAAGGUACAGAUUAGUUUUUUAGACUGGGAAGGUUGACUGUGUAAAGGUACAGAAGUUUUAUAGACAGGGAUCUCUAGGAAGGUUGAUGUAUAAAGGUACAGAAGUUUUAUAGACUGGGAAGGUUGAUGUAUAAAGGUACAGAAGUUUUAUAGACAGGGAAGGUUGAUGUAUAAAGGUACAGAUUAGUUUUAUAGACUGAGAUCUCUAGGAAGGUUGGUGUAUAAAGGUACAGAAGUUUUGUAGACUGGGAAGGUUGAUGUAUAAAGGUACAGAAGUUUUAUAGACUGGGAAGGUUGAUAUAUAAAGGUACAGAAGUUUUAUAGACUGGGAAGGUUGAUGGUGUUAAUGGACUUCCUUUCUUUGGACUCGAUGAUUCAUCAAUGUACAGGAUAUUAGCACUGUUUGUUUCUGGUUUUAUGAUUUUUCCAUUAUACGUAACAUUAAUUUUAUGUGGUAGAUGAGCUGUCCUGUCAGACCUGUAUUGUAUGGUAUUAAUUGCUCUCCUGUCUUCAAUUCCUCUAUAAUUAAAUUGAUAUAACAAAUAUUGGGAAAUAUUGCUGUUGAUAACUUUUAGGCCUAAUUGCACUGAAAGGUGCCUUUUUUUCAAUAUUCACAUUACAAAAUUGUCAGUUUGUAUUAUCCGUAGUAAAGUCUUGAUUUUAUUACUUCUGUUGAUUGAUGGUGUGCCUGGGCUUUACCCAAAUUUGCCUGAUGUUUCAACUGUAUAUAUCCAUUUAAAGAGCAGAAGAUGAAUCUUCUCGGCACGAAGAAGUACCAUACUUUGUUCAGAAGAGGGCUUUAAUGUUCUUCAGAUUCUGCGAUGGAGAACUUGCAUCGAUUUAAGUUGUUCAGCAUGAGAUAGACUUCAAAGAUCCAAGAUGUCUCUCAAUCUGGAAUAGAAUUUCGUCAAUACUAACAAGAUUUCCAUUUUUGUUUAUCAAUAAAACAGUAAGACCAUAUUUUAUUGCCAUGCAGUAUAUCAAAUAUAAGGAUAUAAUGAAGCCCUCAUAUGAACCAUCACACAAAAUACCUAAACAUAGAAUGCCACCAACAUAACCAGGAAAUAUGUUAAACAUUAGGAAUGCCUUAAACAUAGAAUAAAAUAAACUUAAAAUACUUUAAACAAGGAAUUUAUGUAAAACAAAUUCCUUUAUCAUAAAACAUCUUAAACAUAAUAAUUAAUAACUUUAACAUAAUAUACCUUAAUCGUAUAUGAAAUGCCUUUUAAUAAAAUACCAUAAUCACAUGAAAUACCUUUAACAUAAUAUACCUUAAUCGUAUAUGAAAUGCCUUUUAAUAAAAUACCAUAAUCACAUCAUAUACCUUUAACAUAAUAUACCUUAAUCAUAUAUGAAAUGCCUUUUAAUAAAAUACCAUAAUCACAUGAAAUACCUUUAACAUAAUAUACCUUAAUCGUAUAUGAAAUGCCUUUUAAUAAAAUACCAUAAUCACAUGAAAUACCUUUAACAUAAUAUACCUUAAUCGUAUAUGAAAUGCCUUUUAAUAAAAUACCAUAAUCACAUGAAAUACCUUUAACAUAAUAUACCUUAAUCGUAUAUGAAAUGCCUUUUAAUAAAAUACCAUAAUCACAUGAAAUACCUUUAACAUAAUAUACCUUAAUCAUAUAAAAUACCUCAUAAAAUCAAAAAACACUUUUAUUAUAAAUACUUUAAACAUAAAAUCCCUUAAUCAUAAAUUACCUUAUUGCUUAAAUACCUUAAUAUCAAAAUACCUUAACAAUAAAUUACCUUUAUUACAAAAUACCUGAAUCAUAAGAUAUCAUUAACAUGAAAUACCAUAAACAUACUUUAAUCAUAGAUUACCUAGAUAAUAGAAUACCUAGCUGUAGAUCUGUAGCUCUCUGUGAACUUGUUGGGACAUAUAACAGAGAGCUACGUAUACAGCCUCCACUUCCUAUUUAAAACCCUUCAAUGUACAGCAGUUUUUUCUGCACAUGAGUGAGGUCUUGAUAUUAUCACUGAAUUCUUGCAUCGCUAUCUCAAAAUUUUAACAUUAAAAAAUGCUAACACAGCUUGUGUCCGAACAUACCUUCAAACAUUCAUUAAAGCCUCAUGUGAACCGGAAACUCAGUUUCAAGUAAUUUCAUUUGUUGCCCUGUCGGGUUGCCAGUAAAAUGAGACCUCUCAAUAAUGUGCACAGGAAAAAAAACUGUGCUGUACAUAGAGGGAUUGUAUAGGGGUGGAUCUGGAGCUCUCUGAUUUGUCCAAAUAUCUUCUUAGAGAGCUACAGGUCUGCAACUAUAAAAUCAUUCUUCUCAGGAGGAGGGGGAGGGGUUUUGUGCAUGGCAUGUGCUUCUCCCAGGAGGAGGGGAAGGGGUACUGUGCAUGGCAUGUGCUUCUCCCAGGAGGAGGGGAAGGGGUACUGUGCAUGGCAUGUGCUUCUCCCAGGAGAAGAAGAAGGGGUACUGUGCAUGGCAUGUGCUUCUCCCAGGAGAAGAAGGGGUUUUGUGCAUGGCAUGUGCUUCUCCUGCAGGAUGAGGGAGAGAGGUUUCUCACAUUAUCACCAGUGUGAUAUUAUCAACUUUACCCAUGUGAGACAGCCAUGUGAGAUGUUUAAUUCUGUCUCACACUGCUGCGAUGUCAUUUGAUUGUGACGUCAUAUAUUUUCUAUGAUUUACGUUACACAGUGAAGAUUUACGUUACACGGUGAAGUAAAAAUAUUUUGCAUUGUUAUCUUUAAAUUUUAAUGUAUAUAGCUUUCUGGUGGACAACCUUGGGUUUUUUAGUUUACACUUACAGUGUAAAUCAUUUACGGGUAUGCUCUUUCUGCCUAUCUAAUUAGUUUUUGCAUUGAAGUUUAAAUGAAGAUUUUGAUAAUUUAGAAUUUUCUCAAAGCUCCUAAAAUGCACUAAACUGUAGGUAAAAUGUGAGAAAAAUAAUCCUUCAUUAUUUCCUUGUGUGGGAUUGGGACAUUCCACCGAGGGGACAAGAUUCGAUGUGUAGGACUCGGCAAAGUCUCGUCCUAAGACUGUGAAUCUUGUCCCCUCAAUGUAAUGUCCCUAUCCUACACUCCUACUUAUGAAGGAUUCUAUUAGUCUCUACCAGAAGAUGAAGCAGGCACAAUGUCGCAAUUUACAUUGUUUCACUUAGUAGAACUAAUUUACAUUGUUUCACUUAGUAGAACUGAAACGGUCAUGGGUUUUGAUGUCUGCAUGGCAUGUGCUUCUCUCAGAAGGAGGGGUAGGGGUAUUUUGCAAGACAUAUGCUUCUCCCAGGAGUAAAAGUAGCAAAAAGCUUAAGUAAGUGAUUUAAUUAGCAGAUAUUCAAACUACAUAGUGUCAAUCAUGUGUCUGUUAUUCAACACUACACAUUAUAAACAGAUAUUAUUUUAUGUAAUUUUGUUUUGAUUUGAGUCGAGGCCAGCAAACAUUUGAAAUUUUGAAUUCUCCUAUCAAGUUCAAUAUGUCAACACAGAUUGUUAGAAAUCCAUUUGAUACAGAACAUUUAAAUACAUUUACUACCUACCGUUUAUUUUCGACUUUGCAAUAGGAGUUUGGAUUUCUAUGAAUUAGUUGUACUUAACCACUGGUGUUUACAUUUAAAUCCUGAUUAAAUAAAGGGGUGCUAAUUGUCUUCUCAUUCCAAUAACAAUUUCUCUGUUAUUGUCAGAUCCCAGUAGUUCCUAAUGGAUUCUAUCCAUUCCAUAUAAAUGUGGUCAUUGUUCUAUUAUGAGAAGUACGCAGUCUGUGGGGUGGAUUUUUAUUCAGUUGGUUUGUGUUUUCCUGGAGGAUAUUUUCAUGUCGAGGUCGUGAACCAAUUGGAAGCUACGAGCGGCUGUAGGACAGUUAAUCCCGAAUUGUCCGCAUGCCAUGUGUCUGUCUGGACCAAGUAAGGACAGGGGGACUUUCACAAUAUUCAAUGGAUGUGAUAAAAUUUAAUGCAAGACUAGAUUGUGAAGGAUUUAUAUAACCGAAAAGCUGAACAAAAAAUUCCUAUUGCAUACUGUAACUAAAAUAGUUUUAAUCAGACACUGUUUUAUAUGGUUAGAAUUGCUGGCACAUUUUCUUGACAAAAAUAAAUUGAACAUUUGUGAAAUUUUAGGCAAGUAUUAAAACAGACUGCAGUGUGUUUGGUCAAUGAAGUGCAUGGUCACAUUGGACAUCUAGGACAAAAUAAUUUCAUAGGAUAAAUAAUUUUUUUCUGAAUUAAAAAUUGGGAAUCUAGACUGUAUCUAGAUUCAAGUUGGACUUGGUCCAUAUAGUUGUCGACAUCUGCACUGCAUGGGUGAAAUCUGCACUGCAUGGUUGAAGCCCCUUGUGUAAAAAUAAUAGCUGGAGAGGGAAGUUUUUGUGACAAAACAUAAAGAAUUCAACAGAAAUACCUACAAUUUUACAGAUCGUUUCAUUGAGUUUUACCACUGAGUGUGACAUGGAAUUAUCUUGAAAAAAAAAAGAAAGUUGGUAAUUACCAUAUAAAUCCCUCUGAUAUCUGACAAUAUCUCUGCCAAAAAAAGUGUGUUGUACAGCAGUGUGAUAUGAUAUCAGUUGUGCUGUUGAACCCUGAUUUAAUUACCUGUGACAGAGUUACGUUGGCACCAGGAAAUGAUUGCUUUAUGUGAUCCUUGCAGAGGGAAAACGGACAUUAGAUAUUGAGGAAAAAAAAUCAUGGUGUUGCGGAUUGAAUUUAAGGUAUCUGUUUCUGACAAAUUUUUUUGGGAAGUAGCAUGAUUUAAGAUUAGCAUUGUUCACCUGGGAAUUUACUGACUCCAUUAAACAGUGGAUGUGACAAAUUUGUAGACAGUAUACCAAUAUAAUUGGAUAGUUUUCAUCUUGGAUUGUCCUCGUGGGAGUAGUUUAUUUCUACCAAUCACGUCAACCACUGCAAACCAGAGUUUUUAGCACAAAAAAUGAACUUGUUAAAUUUCAACUUUCUUAGAUGGUGGGAAUGACUAUUUUUGUUCUGCUCUGAAAAUUCCUAAUUGUUGCAGCAUAUUUUGUGUGAUAACAUAUACCUAAAACUGUGUGUACCCAAGGCAGACGGGAAUUAACCAUCCACUUUCUAAUUAGGCCAAGUUACCCUGAAUUGAUAUUAUGAAAAACUCCAACAUGAGCCUCAGAGACUUGGAAUAUUAAUUAAAUCUCGUCAUAUUAUAUUUUCCUUUUGCCCAUUAUCGUGUGGAGAUAAGGAUAAUAUUGUGAUAAAGUAGCCGACUGGGCCAUUCUAGAAUUGGCUGAUGCAAAUUAAAAGAGAAAUGAAUAUUCUAUUGAAGCUGAUUGAUAAACUACAGCUGUAUUUUUCAUGUUUAAAUGAUGGCUGUGACAUUUUUUAAUGGUCAGAGCUACAAAUUUAUUGAAGGGCUCCAUUGAUUUUGAAAUGCUGCUUGGAUGAUUUUUUUGUGGGUGACGUAACUCACAACAGGCUUUUAUACAUAUUGAUCUCUCAUUGGAAGAAGUUUGUUCUUGCUGAAUUUAGGAACUUGGGCUCCCCUAUAGUAGAUCAAGUCUUUCCAAAAAACCAUAGGUGGAUCUAGCUUUGUGAUUGUCAUGUGAAGUGUAAGGCUGGUCUUAAGCUUCAUUGACAGAUAACACUGAGUCUUUGCAGUGUUUAGUCAGUUUGUCGGUAAACAGAGGACUUCUUCACUAUAUACAUAUAAUACUUAGAAUCACAGUGAAGGAGGAACACAGAACUGGAUCCAAAAAUGUUGGAUGUUUCAAGAGUGAAUUACAUUUUCUCAUAGAUAUUGAUUGCAUCGUCAAUAUAGACAAUCAUUUCUAAUCACGGACUUAGUAUGAAAAAGUGCAUAAAACGAACAACAACAAUCCCUCCCCCCAAAACUCUAUCAAUUUAACAGUGAGAUAAUUGUGGAGAAAUCCGGAGGAUUUUUUUUUACCUAUAGUGGUGAGGAUCCAGCAGUUGGAGGGGCAUUUGACCUGAGCAGCUGGCAGUGAAAUAAAUUGUCUCUAUUGUCUGUUUCACCUGAGGUUAUUUACACGUUGUUGAAGUUGGAGCUGAGGUUGGAGGGUGUUAUACUGUUUGCUCCGUGUGACAGAUUAGUGUUUGUCCUCAGCGGACUUAAAUCUCCUCUCUGACGUAACCGCUACAGUUUGUCUCCGACGACUCUGUGAGCCAAGGAACAUUUUUUGUUUUCUGAUUGAUGAUCCGUGAGGAUGCUAUCCGUUCCUGUGGAUAUUGUUCCCCCGAGGAGACAUUCUUGGGUGUGUUUCGAUGUGGAAAAUGGAACAGCUGGACGAGGAGGCUUGGAGGGGACCAGUCCGUCCAGUCGACUGCUGUUACAAAACCCUCCCCAGCGCAGAGAUUCCUUUCUGUACCGACCAGACAGUGACCACGACCUGUCCCCCAAAUCCAUGUCACGGCACUCCUCCAUACAGAGUGAUGUACAUGCUGAUGAUUUGAUCGUCACACCUUUUGCCCAGAUCCUGGCGAGUUUGAGGAGUGUACGCAAUAACUAUGUGAUGCUGACCAACACAUCUAGGGAUCGGUCUGGUACAGGUGGAAAGUUAAACCCAAUUCCACAGGCAUCACACCCUUCUACCACCUUAAAAACAGAUGAGAGCUUUUCUCAACUCGCCAUGGAAACUCUGGAGGAACUGGACUGGUGCCUGGACCAGCUGGAAACGAUGCAGACACAUCGGUCAGUUAGUGACAUGGCGUCCAGCAAGUUCAAACGAAUGUUAAACAAAGAGCUUAGCUCCUUCCGAGAAUCCAGUAAAUCUGGAAACCAAAUUGCGGAGUUUAUCUGCAGCACGUAUCUAGAUAAACAGCAAGAUAUGGAUGUUCCUCCUCCAAAUCCCGAACAGAAAGAAAAGUCAGCGGAAAAAUCUUCACCCAUGACAAAAAUCAUAGGGGUGCGUAAACUGAAACACACCAACAGCUACAAGACAGUGCCAAAAUACGGGGUGGAGACCAUGCACCCGGAGGAACUCGGAAAGCAUUUAGCCGACAUAAACAAAUGGGGAAUGGAUGUGUUAAGGGUGUCAGAGUUUUCCAACAACAGAUCAUUGACCUGUGUUACCUACACAAUAUUACAGGAACGUAAUUUACUGAAGACAUUUAAUAUUCCUGCACAAACGCUGCUGACUUUCCUUACACAUCUAGAGGACCAUUAUCACCGUGACAACCCAUACCACAAUGCUGAGCAUGCAGCUGAUGUCACCCUGUCAACACAUGUCCUACUUAACGCCCAGGCACUUGAGAGUGUCUUCACUGAUCUGGAGAUAUUAGCAGCAAUAUUUGCCUGUGCCAUUCACGAUGUGGAUCAUCCUGGGCUUACAAAUCAAUUUCUGAUCCAAACAGGUUCCGAGCUGGCGUUGAUGUACAAUGACGAGUCGGUGCUGGAGAACCAUCACCUGGCGGUGGCGUUUAAACUUCUCCAGGAGGAAAACUGUGAUAUCUUUGUUAAUCUCUCCAAAAAGCAGUAUCAAACACUUCGCAAAAUGACUAUAGAUAUGGUAUUGGCCACAGAUAUGUCUAAACACAUGAGUUUGUUAGCUGACCUUAAAACCAUGGUAGAAACAAAAAAGGUGGCGGGGUCCGGAGUGUUACUGCUGGACAAUUACACUGACCGUAUCCAGGUUCUGCAGAACAUGGUGCACUGUUCAGACCUGGGUAGUCCUACCAAACCAUUGGAGGUCUACCAGAAGUGGGUCAAUCGGCUUAUGAAAGAGUUCUUUCAUCAGGGAGACAUGGAGCGCGAGAGGAACCUUGACAUUAGCCCAAUGUGUGACCGCAACACCGCCACAAUCGAAAAAUCUCAGGUGGGCUUUAUCGACUACAUCGUCCACCCGUUGUGGGAGACGUGGGCUGACCUGGUUUACCCAGAUGCUCAGCACAUCCUGGACAAUCUCGAGUAUAACCGAGACUGGUACCAAAGUCAGAUCUCGAUCUCACCCUCUCCAAGCUUUCUUCACACCCCCACAGAGAACUCUCACUUCAACUUCAUUCAGGAGGAGGAAAAUGAAGGGAACGGGGUAGUCACCAUCAGUGUUGGGGUGGACUCGGGAUAACAUCGGGAAUCUUCACCGGCUGGAGAACAGCCAGCCCCGAAUAAAGUCCUGCUUCUGUAGACAGAGCCGACACACACUCAUGAAGGACAACACAUUUUCAUGCCAUAUAGUGGUGUUGCCAUGGAAUGCGUAUUCCCUAUACAAAGGCAUGUUGGUGGGAAGAAAAAACAUGUUGUUAUAGCAACAGCUUGUGUAGACAAGGUCACAUAGUGGUGUCUCCAUGGUGAUUUCAAGUAGAGCACAACAGAAAUCUCCCAUUUAGUGACCAGACUUUUCAUGGCUCCCCCCCCCCUCCAUUUUUUGAGUUGCUCAGACAUUUAGAUAUUCAUUCCAAACAUACCUCAGUGUGUAGCACAUGAGCUACAAUAUAUAAAAAAAACUGCUAACCCCACAACUGUGCCAUAAAAAAAAGUGUGGACGAAGAUGCACCUCAGGUUUUGAGGUGAAUAAGGAAUCGAGUAACCAAAUAGUGUGUGUGUGAUGUCGAGAUUUCAAAAUCUGUGCAGCUUGGUUUCAAAAGCUAAGAAUAUUCAUCUCAUCGUCAGGAUGCUCACAGUUUUCCCCAGAAGUCGCUACUCUGCAAGAUGAAAAUCUCCCAAGCAAUAGAGAAAUUCAUAUCUUACAAUUUGGCAUGGUGCGACGGACAUUGGGUUGUCUCCCAUUUGUUAUUUAUUUUGCUGAUGGUCAACACAAUCAGUUUAUUUAUUUUACAUUGUCCCUCUAAUUCUCAUUCUAGUCAACCAUUUUGGAUGAAUGGAGACUGAAGGUAUCCAUGGUAACAUUAGAUUUUGUAAAGAAGGGUAGAAAAUUGUAAAGGAACUCAUCUUUCCCCUUUAUUUUGUAUACUGUAUUUACAGACUGAGAGUGAUAAAUUGAUAAAAUAGUUACCUCUUAUUCUAAUGUCCAUGAAUGUAGAUUUUGUAACUGUCCUUUGUAUUUUGAUCUGGAUUUCUGUGUGCAAACCUCUUUCUGAAUGAACCAAAUGAGAUUUCAGAAAGCAUACUCUUAGUAUACUGCCCACUGAGGUAAAUACUUAAGAAAAGACAAAAUGUGUGAAGAUACCUGCAAUAUUCAUCUAUUGAGGUUUCAUCUGUAACAGUGUAUUGUAGUCUCCAGUUGUACUACCCCCUCUUGACGUUUUUGUACUUUUAGAACUGUUGUUUAACUAAUGGUUAGUGUUAUUGGCUGCUGCGAUGGGAGUGUUACGCAGCUCGACGUUUUAUUAUCCCAAUUCUCUGUGAUAAAGAAAUUGCUGCAAA